AUGUCUUAUAAUCAACUACUCAACUUACCGAGUUCAAAUAUUCAAACGAAUGAAUCACGUUAUGAAGAAAUAAUAAAGGAAUUUUAUAACAAUAAAUCGGUUUCAGAUAUUAAAAUAUCUCCAUAUUUAUCACAUCAGUCAAGUGAUGUAGAAAAAAAUCCUAAAGUAAAUUCAAAAUUAACGGAAGCAUUAUCAAUAAAUCUGGAUGGUCAUGAAGAAAAAGCUGUAUCAUCGUCACCAGUUUUAGCCAGAUCUAAAUCUAUUACCCUGUUAGCUACACUAAUACACAUUCAACCGGAUGAUACAUGUUAUGAAGAUAUAAUAAAAGAAUUUUAUAAGAACAAAUCGGUUUCAGAAGCAUUAUCAAUAAAUCUGGAUGGUCAUAGAAAAAGAAAAUUCAAUGAAUCAUCAUUACCUAAAAUCAAAAAGAUUAAAUUGGGGUCAUCAUCAACUACAUCCGAUACACCUUCGAUAGAAGAAUUUUUAAGACCUAGAACACAGAUUUGCGAUGCUACAGUAGAAGAAAAUUUAAUUAACAUAAUUCAAGGGUCUUAUAAAAAAAUGGAGUAA